AACCCGGCCUGAGGUCUCCAUUGUCCGGUUAAAGUAAUGGCCGUGGGUUGGUUUUUCAGGCCAUUUCUCCUGUUGUUAUCUUUGUACGUCCUUUUGCCGUUGACACUUUCGGUAUCAGAUUCUGAGGCCUUGCUACAGCUCAAGAAAUCUUUUACCAAUGCUAGUGCUCUCGAUUCUUGGGUGGCCGGUUCAGCCCCUUGCAACCAAGAAGGACCUUGGAAUGGACUGCUUUGUUACAAUGGCACUGUCACGGGUUUGCGUCUUGAAGGAAUGGGAUUAUCAGGAAAUAUUGAUGUUGGCGCUUUGAUCGAGAUGAAGGAUUUGCGUUUUUUCAGUGUUAUUAACAAUUCUUUUACGGGCAUCAUUCCUGAAAUCAAUCGUUUGGGUGCUUUAAAGGCUUUAUUCUUGUCAGGGAAUCAGUUUUCGGGUGCAAUUCCGGCCGAGUAUUUUGCCAAAAUGGGAUCACUCAAGAAAGUUUGGUUAUCACAUAACAAAUUUACAGGGAACAUUCCAUUUUCAUUGGGUCAGUUGCCUUAUCUCAUCGACUUACAUCUCGAAAACAAUCAAUUUAGUGGACAUAUUCCGGCAUUUAAUCACCCAACUUUGAAGUCUAUCAAUUUAUCAAAUAAUGAACUUGAAGGGGAGAUUCCUUCUAGUUUGUCAAAAUUCAAUGCAAAUUCAUUUGCGGGUAAUCCAGGUCUUUGCGGAGAAGAGCCGGGUGUUAGCUGUAGCAAGGCAGUUGAAACUUCUUCGGAAUCAACGUCAAUUUCUAACAACUAUGAUAACAGAGAUGAAAAAAGUGAUUCCAAAAAGAUUACUGCACCAAUCAUAACGUUAGGAGUGAUGCUAUUUUUUAUGAUUAUCUUCUUGGCAACCAGAUGGAGGAAAAAGAAGCAGGAGGAUGUCAAUGUGGUUGGAAAGGGAAGCUCUAACGAGGCGGUUGAGGUGCAGGUUUCGGUGCCAGCUAGAAGAGAAGUGGAAGUAGGCAGAAAAAGUGCAAGCUCUAGCCGUAAAGGUUCUAAUCAUGCAAAGGCCGGUGUUGAUGCAGUAGCAGAGCUAGUCAUGGUAAAUAAUGAAAAGGGUGUUUUUGGGUUGCCAGAUUUGAUGAAGGCAGCCGCAGAAGUGCUUGGAAAUGGAGGGCUGGGGUCUUCUUAUAAGGUCAAGAUGGCUAAUGGAGUCACUGUGGUGGUGAAAAGGAUGAGGGAGAUGAAUACAUUAGGGAAAGAUGCAUUUGAUAAAGAGGUUAAAAGGCUUGGGAAUCUACGACACCCCAAUAUUUUGACACCUUUAGCUUACUAUUACCGGAAAGAGGAAAAGCUUUUUGUCUAUGAGUACCUUCCUAAAGGCAAUUUGCUUUACCAAUUGCAUGGUGAUCCUGACACAUCCCAUGUUGAACUUGAUUGGCCUGCCAGACUAAAGAUUGUGCAAGGAAUUGCCGAGGGACUAGAUUAUCUUCACACUGAACUUGCUUCUCUUGAUGUGCCUCAUGGCAAUCUCAAAGCAAGCAAUGUUCUGCUCGGCCCUGAUAGUCAUCCAUUUCUCUCGGACUAUGGAUUUUGCCCAUUAGUAAACAGUAGCGGGGUAGAAGCCCUGUUUGCUUAUAAGACCCCGGAAGCUAUACGACAUGGAACAGUAUCUCCUAAAAGUGAUGUAUACUGCCUAGGAAUUAUCAUUCUUGAGAUCCUUACAGGGAAAUUCCCUUCUCAAUAUCUUAGCAAUGGAAAAGGUGGAACAGACGUAGUCCAAUGGGUGACAUCUGCAUUUUCAGAAGGGAGACAGGCUGAAUUGCUUGAUCCAGAGAUUACCGGCUGCCAAAACUCACUUGGCAGCAUGGAGAGGCUCCUCCACAUAGGCACACUUUGCUCUCAAAGUAGUCCUGAACAGCGAUUAGAAAUGAAAGAAGCCAUUAGAAUGAUAGAGGAGAUACAAGUAGAGGGCGGACUAGGGUCUUGCUCUCAGGCUAGAACAAUGCAAGUCUUACCAUCUCUUCGAGAAGGAUUUGCAGAUGCACCAAAUAGUAAUUCAUCUAGUUUCCAAGAAUGGAAUGGUGAGCACGCAAGAAGGAGUCAUAAAUCAGAAAGCUUUGCAGAUAGACAGGGACAUUCGUGAUGGUGAUAGUUUUGUCUUAGCCACCUGCCAGCUACAAAGAAAUUGCGUGCACAACUAUGUAAAUAGAAGUUUUAAUUUUGUGAUGUGGAAACAUUUCUGUAUAUAAUUCUCAACGGAGAUUGACUUGCAAGGGCUUCUACAAUGAUCUGUUGGCCCCUACUGUAGAAAAUUUAGGUUGAUGUUAAAAACAAGUGAAAAGAUCAUGUUGAGAUGUAACUUUAUUAGCAUUUUCCUACUUCUUUUAACCUAUAAAUUAAUUGCAUUGUUUUAACUUUCCUGAAACAUGUUUUAUAAGCAAUUCUGUGUUGUUUGAAUAACAAAUUAUGGAACUAUGUCGAAUUC